UUUGAGUCUUGCUUGCUUGUUCGUCUUGUCUUGUCUGUCAGUUCUGGCUUUGUCUUGCACCAAAGCCUGGAAAUUUAUGAGUAAAAGUUUUUUUUUUACUUUUUUUAUUUUUUCCUUUCAGCUUCUCUAUUUUUAUUUGUUGUUUAAUAUUUAAAUCUCUACACUUUUUAUUUUUUAUAUUUAUCUUUCUCCAUAAAAAAUGAGCGACGACUACAGCAUCAAGCCCGAGGCCAAGGUUGCCCCGAUCGACACCUCCAAGUGGCCGUACCUGCUGAAAAACUACGACAAGCUGCACGUGCGCACCGGACACUACACGCCCAUCCCGGUUGGCAGCACACCGCUCAAGCGUAACCUCCAGGACUACGUCCGCUACGGAGUCAUCAACCUGGACAAGCCCGCCAACCCGUCCUCGCACGAGGUUGUCGCCUGGAUCCGGCGUAUCCUGCGUGUGGAGAAAACCGGACACUCCGGCACGCUUGAUCCCAAGGUCACCGGCUGUCUGAUUGUCUGCGUUGACCGCGCCACGCGCCUGGUUAAGUCGCAGCAGAGCGCCGGUAAGGAGUACGUCUGUGUACUGCGGCUCCACGACGCCCUCGAUAAUGAGAUGGCUCUGGCCAAGGCUGUCGAGACUCUCACCGGAGCUCUCUUCCAGCGCCCGCCUUUGAUUUCCGCUGUUAAGCGCCAGCUGCGUGUGCGCACUAUUUAUGAGUCCAAGCUGGUCGAGUUUGACAAUGAUCGUCACUUGGGUGUCUUCUGGGUGAGCUGCGAGGCCGGAACUUAUAUCCGUACCCUGUGUGUCCACCUGGGUCUUCUUCUUGGCGUCGGCGGCCAUAUGCAGGAGCUCCGCCGUGUGCGGUCUGGUGCUCUGACUGAGUCUGAUAACCUCGUGACUAUGCACGAUGUGCUGGAUGCUCAGUGGGUGUAUGAUAACACCAAGAACGAGGACUACCUGCGUCGCGUCGUGCGUCCUCUCGAAUGGCUGCUGACUGGGUUCAAGCGCGUGGUUGUCAAGGACUCAUCCGUCAACGCCAUUUGCUACGGUGCCCGUCUGAUGAUCCCCGGACUCUUGCGUUUCGAGGACGACAUCGAGAUCAACGAUGAGGUUGUCCUGAUGACCACCAAGGGCGAAGCCAUCGCUAUUGCCAUUGCCCAGAUGACCACCGCUGUCAUGGCCACUUGCGACCACGGUGUGGUUGCCAAGAUUAAGCGUGUCAUUAUGGAGCGCGACACCUACCCGCGUAAGUGGGGACUUGGGCCAAUGGCCCAGCAGAAAAAGAAGAUGAUCAAGGAUGGAAAGCUGGAUAAGUUUGGUCGUAAGAAUGAGGCUACUCCGGCGGAUUGGUCCAAAUCGUAUGUGGACUUUGCUGGUGGUUCGGAUGCUCCCCCUACUAUGCCUACGGCUGCUCCAGUUGAUAUGGAGUCGGAUAGCGAGAAGAAGGAGAAGAAGACUGAGAAGGACGAUAAAAGGUAAAGAAGGCUGAGAAGGAGGCUAAGAAGGCCGAGAAGGAGGCUAAGAAGGCUAAGAAGGCCAAGAAGGAGUCGAAGAAGGAUUAAAUUUUAUAAAUAAAAUUAUUCUUUUUUUUGUUUUUCAUUUAUUAUCAAUUUCAUAUAACAAAAUUUUAAAAUUCGCAAUCCAAAGAAUAACUACAUGACAUACUU